GCGCGUUUCAUCGGCACGUUCCAUCGCCUAGUCCUUCGGUCACUCCGCGAGAAUUACUUCAAAGAGACGAUUGAGCCGAGGUGCGGUCACAUGCUCGAGAAUGUGGAGGGCCUCUGCCACGGCGUCUCCCAGAGCUACAAGAUCACGUGCCCGACGGUCGUUGCAGUCAAGACCUUCCAAGCCAGGUGCAGUGAGGACGGCGGCCACGAGUACAUCGACCCCAGGACCAAGAAGGUAGCGGCCAUCAG